GUCCCGUGACGGCUCACAAUUUUUUUUAUUUGUGGAGCCAAUUUGUAAUUCUGUGGUACUCUGUGUUUGCAAUUGUAAUUUUUUGAUUCUUCCGCCUUCAGCUUGAACUUGAGAGACGAAUGAAAGAAAAUAUAAGUUCAGUAAUUAAAAGAAUGAGUUAUUUUAGAAAAUAUAUUGAUAUCGGUGCAAACCUCACGGAUGAAAUGUACCAAGGAGUUUACCAUGGUUCGAAGAAGCAUGAACCUGACUUACAUGAGGUUUUAAAGCGAAGCUGGGCUGGAGGGUUAGAAAAGAUGAUUAUAACUGGCGGCAGUCUGACAGACAGCAGGCAGGCUGUUGAACUCGCAAGUACUAACUCUCAAUUAUUUUCUACCGUAGGAUGCCAUCCAACAAGGUGCAAUGAUUUUGUGGAGAACCCCAACUUGUAUCUUAGGGGCUUGAGAGAUUUGAUUGAGGAAAAUAGAAGCAAAGUGGUGGCUAUUGGAGAGUGCGGAUUAGAUUAUGAAAGAUUACAUUUUUGUGAAAAAGACGUUCAGCUGAAGUACUUUGAAUACCAACUGCAGUUAAGUAGUGAAUACAAUCUUCCCCUAUUCCUACACUGCAGGGCAGCUGCUGAUGAUUUGAUUGAGAUAUUGGGGAGAAACAAGGAAUGCGUUGUAGGUGGUGUGGUUCAUUCCUUCGACGGUACCCAGAAGGCGAUGGAAGACAUCAUAAAACUUGGCAUGCAUAUAGGUAUUAAUGGAUGUUCACUUAGAACGAAGGAGAAUCUAGAAGUAGCAUCAAAGAUACCACAAGACAGACUCAUGAUAGAGACAGAUAGUCCGUGGUGCGAAGUGAAACCGACUCACCCGGGGUACUUGCACGUUGUCACUAAAUUCCCUACAGUGAAAAAAGAAAAAUACUCUGUGGACUCUGAUAGUCAAGUUAAAGGGCGGAAUGAACCUGUUAAUAUUGUUCAAGUUUUGGAGAUACUAGCGGCGAUCAGAAAAGAAAAUAUUGACGUACUAGCCGAAGCCAUUUACAAUAACACAAACAAAUUGUUCUUUAAAUAAAAUAAUUGUAAAUAAAA